GACUCCCUCUCCUCUCCUCUCCUCUGCACCUGCUCCUCCCCUCCUGCCUUGCUUAUUAUCCUCAGACUCCGAGCUGCGCUCCGUCCCUCGCCAAGUGAUGCUCCUCGGUGGCGCACAUCGGUGCCUCGUCGAUGCAGGGAGCGGAGCCGCGGUUCGUUUUCUUCCGCGGGGAAACGCGCACUGAGCGGCGGCCGAACAUGGGAAUUUAAUGGGGAUUAUGAGGGAGUGAGCCGGAGGAGGGAAGGACGAAGAGGAGGCGCAGAGGUCCCAUCAGAGAGCGGCGAAGGACUUGGAGCAAGAGGCGGAGGAGGAGGAGGAGGAUGAGGAGGGAGGGGAUGCUGAGAUGACUGAGGAUGGUUUAUAAGCUUUAUAUAGUUUGAUUUGGAUUUUGUGUGUGCGCUGCGCGCUGGGUGGUUAAAUUAGGUUUUCAGAAAGGACAUCUUAGAGUUUUCUGGAUCCUUUUUUUUUUUUCAUUUGUGAUGGAGUGAGAAAAAGAGCGCACAGUAAGUUAAGAUCCGCCAUGAAAUCAGUGUUUUUCAGUCGUUUCUUCAUCCUCUUGCCCUGGGUCCUUAUUGUCAUCAUAAUGAUCGACAUCGACAGUAAAAGGGCGAUCCGGGCUCCGGCGGCCGGGCGGACCGGCAGGGCGCAGCGGAGCCCCAGGGGCGGCUCACCGGGAGCCGGCGGCGCCCAGAACCAGUCGUCGCUGCCCAUCAUCUACGCCAUCACCCCGACCUACAACCGGCCGGUGCAGAAAGCCGAGCUGACCCGGCUGGCCCACGCUUUCCGCCAAGUGCCCCGGCUUCACUGGAUCGUCGUGGAGGACUCGACCUCGCGCACCGACCUGGUGACGCGCUUCCUGGCCCGGUGCGGCGUGCCGUACACGCACCUGCACGUGUUCACUCCCCGCAGGUUCAAGCGCGCCGGCAUGCCACGCGCCACCGAGCAGAGGAACGCGGCUCUCGCGUGGCUCCGACAGCACCGCGGCAAGCGCGACUCCGGCGUGGUUUUCUUCGCGGACGAUGACAACACGUACAGUCUGGAGCUGUUCGAAGAGAUGCGCAGCACUCGCGGUGUGUCUAUUUGGCCUGUGGGCUUUGUGGGUGGCCGAUCAUAUGAGCGCCCCCUGGUGUCCGGGGGGAAAGUUGUCGGCUGGUACACAGGCUGGAGACCAGACAGACCCUUUGCUACUGACAUGGCAGGCUUCGCGGUGAACCUCCAGGUGAUCCUCGCCAACCCGCGGGCGCUGUUCAAGAGGCGGGGCUCCCAGCCAGGGAUGCAGGAGUCCGACUUCCUGAAGCAGAUCACCAAGGUGUCCGAGCUGGAGCCCAAGGCCAACAACUGCACACGGGUCAGUAACCUUAAACGCACCUUUAAAUUUGAUCUAUGAAUGCAGGUCAGAGAU